AUGACUUCCUCUGUUUCAACAUUAUGCUCUAUGAAUGAUUUUACUAGCCAAGCUUCCAUUGAUGCUAUACUUAUUGAAAUUAAUGCUGAUAAUUCCUUAAUACUCUCUGCGUUGAUGAAGGAAUUGUCUAAAGAAGUAGUAGUGGUUGAAGAAGCAUCUGCAUCAGAAUUAAUGUUAAAAGAAGUUAGGAGUGAUAAUGAAGCUUAUGAAAUGUAUAAUGUCUAUGGAUUUAGGAAGGGUUUCAGUAUUUGUAAGGGAUUAAUUAGGACCAGUCGUAGAACUGAUUUGUGGAUUAUGCGUAGAUUUGUUUGUACUGCUUUUAAAGACGUUAGGUUUGUGGAUUCUUGUUUUAAAGAUGUUAAGAAGGAAACAUUGAGGAAGUAUGAGAGGUCUGAAUUGCGUACAUGUUGUACUGCUUUUAUUCAGCUUUGUAUUACCAAGGAUGGUGUUUGGACUGUAGUGAGGCAUAACAUGACUCACAAUCAUCAUAUGAUUCCCGCUGCCAAGAGAUACUUGCUUAGGUCUCAAAGAGACAUUACAGAGGAGCAGCCUCAAGUAUCCUAA